CCUCCUCGCGUGGAGAGCCUCGAGGAAGGAGAAGGGAGGAUCGUAAGGCCGAUUCUACGAAUUUGGGAUCCAGUCAAACGGGGGCCAGCUAUAAAACAGCUAACCGUCACUGUCGCCGACAUCAGUAGAGUAAAUCUGCGCGAACAUGAAGGUCCUGGCUCUGAUUCUCCUCGCGGUAGCGGUAGCUUUGGCGGAGGACAAGUAUACGACAAAGUACGACAAUAUCGACUUGGACACGAUUUUGGCGAGCGACCGUUUGCUCAGAAACUAUGUAAAUUGCCUGCUGGAAAAGGGAAAUUGCACCCCCGAUGGCAAAGAGCUUAAAGAAACCCUUCCGGACGCAUUGUCGACCGAGUGCAGUAAAUGCAGCGAGAAGCAAAAGAAGGGCAGCGAGAAGGUCAUCCGGUAUCUAGUCAACAAGAAAUCGGAAACUUGGGAGCAACUUAAGAAGAAGUACGAUCCUACUGGCCAAUACACUGUCAGGUAUAUGGACGAAGCGCGCAAGCAGGGAAUAAAUGUGUGAAUAAUUUAGAUUCUCAUCUCGCCGAGUAGAACGCCGAGAAAUCUGUCCUCUCUUCUUCUCACACUCAGCACCCGAAUUAAAUAAAUCCGUUAGUCCAACGUCACGUGCAAUUCUUUGUUUCUCAACGGAAAUUCGGAAUCUAUAAGAGAAACGUAUGUUACUAGAGAGAUGUUAUUAUAAGUAAUAAAAGAUAAUAAAGAUAAGUAUAGAAGGA